AUGAACCCUCCUUCGGGGCCCGGAGCCCAGGAGCCCAGUUCUGUGGCCACCCCAGCCUCACCCAGCAGGUGGGACAGCUCCUGGAGCAGCACGUCCAGCAUGGGCCAAGCUCUGCCCAGCAGUCCCACGCCCAUGCUGUCAGGCUCUAGAGCCGUCUGGCUGGUGCUUGCUGGGCAGCAGCGGGAUGGGACCAGAGGCCUCAGGACACCCUCCAACAUGUUCAUUAUCAACCUCGCAGUCAGCGACUUUUUCAUGUCCUUCACCCAGGCCCCCGUCUUCUUCGCCAGCAGCCUCUAUAAGCGGUGGCUCUUUGGGGAGGCAGGCUGUGAGUUCUAUGCCUUCUGUGGGGCUGUCUUCGGCAUCACCUCCAUGAUUACCCUAACGGCCAUCGCUCUGGACCGCUACCUGGUGAUCAUGCACCCACUGGCCACCAUCGGGGUGGUGUCCAAGAGGCGGGCAGCGCUUGUCCUGGUGGGCGUCUGGCUCUAUGCCCUGGCCUGGAGUCUGCCACCCUUCUUUGGCUGGAGCGCCUACGUACCCGAGGGGCUGCUGACCUCCUGCUCCUGGGACUACAUGAGCUUCACACCUUCGGUCCGAGCCUACACCAUGCUGCUCUUCUGCUUCGUGUUCUUCCUCCCCCUGCUGGUCAUCAUCUACUGCUACAUCUUCAUCUUCAGGGCCAUCCGGGAGACAGGCCAGGCUCUCCAGACUUUCAGGGCCUGCGAGGGCGGUGUUAGGUCCCCCCGACAACGGCAGCGGCUACAGAGAGAGUGGAAAAUGGCCAAGAUUGAGCUGCUGGUCAUCCUUCUCUUCGUGCUCUCCUGGGCCCCCUACUCCGCUGUGGCCCUGACGGCCUUUGCUGGGUACGCGCAUGUCCUGACACCCUACAUGAACACCGUGCCUGCUGUCAUCGCCAAGGCCUCUGCCAUCCACAACCCCAUCAUUUAUGCCAUCACCCACCCCAAGUACAGAAUGGCCAUUGCCCAGCACCUGCCCUGCCUGCGGGUGCUGCUGGGCGUGUCAGGCCAGCACAGCGGCCCCUACACCAGCUACCGCUCCACCCACCGCUCCACACUGAGCAGCCAGGCCUCGGACCUCAGCUGGAUCUCUGGACAGAGGCGCCAGGCGUCCCUGGGCUCGGAGAGCGAGGUGGGCUGGAUGGACACAGAGGCAGCAGCUGUGUGGGGGGCUGCCCAGCAAGUAAGCGGCCGCUUCCCCUGCAGUCAGGGCCUGGAGGACAUGGAAGCCAAGGCCCCUCUCAGGCCGCAGGAGCAGGAAGCAGAGCCUCCUGGGAAGACCAAGGGGCUGCUCCCCAGCCUGGACCCCAGGAUGUAG